AAAAGAUUGCCAUAAUCAGCGAGAAGUCCUCAGCAUGCAUCCAGAUACUAAUACAAGUAAUCACAACAUAUGUGAAUCCAAGUAUAUAUAUGCGUGAUCUCCUGGUCUAGCUAAAGCAUUAUACAUAAUUAUAUGAUUGUGUAACCUUUUCUCCUCGAAGCAUCUUCCAAGAAAUGGCGAAAAACUGCCUAUCAGUCUUAUUACUUCUGUUCUUAUCUCUGUAUCUGUCACUAGUUCAUGGCCACAGGAAAACUCAAUUUGAAGCUCUUAAGGAUUUGCUAAAAAACAAGAAAUCCAUGCACAUUUACCCUAGAAAAUUUGAGCCGUAUUUGCAUGUUCAAGAUGUCAAAUCUAUUUCUGAUGUUGAUCAGAAGUGGAAGGAUAUGAUUGCGUAUUUGCCUGGACAGCCACCAGUUGAGUUCGAUCAGUAUGGUGGCUAUGUUACCGUUGAUCAGUCUGCAGGUCGAGCUCUUUAUUAUUAUUUUGUUGAAGCUGAAAACUAUAAGGAGUCUUUGCCUCUCCUUCUUUGGCUAAAUGGAGGCCCUGGUUGUUCUUCUUUGGGUUUUGGAGCAAUGCAGGAGCUCGGACCAUUCAGAGUUUACAGCGAUGGAAAAACCCUAUACAAGAACCCCUUUGCGUGGAAUCAUGCUGCAAAUGUCCUGUUCCUGGAAUCACCAGCUGGUGUAGGAUUUUCAUACUCGAAUACAACAUCAGACUAUGCAAAGAACGGAGACAAGAAUACAGCUAAAGAUAAUUAUGCUUUCUUGUUAAAUUGGCUGGAGAGAUUUCCAGAGUACAAAGACAGAGACUUCUACAUAUCAGGGGAAAGCUAUGCCGGGAAUUAUGUACCACAACUUGCCUAUACUAUUCUAUAUCACAACAAAAUGACCAACAACACUCAUAUUAAUCUCAAGGGCAUCAUUGUCGGAAAUGCAGUGCUCAAUGAUGAGACAGAUAGCAAGGGAGUGUUUGAUUACUUAGAAAGUCAUGCUCUCAUUUCAGAUCAAACAUUGGAUCAAAUACAUAGAUUCUGCGACUUUUCUGCAUCUUCUGAUUUGAAUUCCGAGUGUGAUACUGCAGUGGGGGUAUGUAGUGAGGAGGUUUCUGAUAUUGAUAGGUACAAUAUUUAUGCUCCUCUUUGCACCGACCACCAGCUUACUGCAAGGCCUAAAAAAAUUUCGUAUGAGAUCGAUCCAUGCAGUGAUGAUUAUACAUACGCGUAUUUUAAUAGGCCAGAGGUUCAAGAUGCUCUCCAUGCCAAUGUCACAAAACUAGAUCAUGAAUGGGGCCUUUGCAGUACUAUCAGCAAUUGGAGGUAUUUAGACAAAGCAUCGACAGUUCUUGACCUUCUUGAAGAGUUCAUGGCUAAUGGUCUUCGAGUAUGGAUUUACAGUGGUGACACAGAUAGUGUAGUUCCAGUUACCUCAACCAAGUACUCACUCAGGAAAAUGAAUCUCAAUGUGAAAACAUUUUGGCAUCCAUGGUCUGUCCAUCAGCAGGUUGGAGGGUACACAGAAGAUUAUGAAGGGAACCUGACAUUUGCAACAGUAAGAGGCGCAGGGCAUGAAGUGCCAAGCUAUCAGCCUCGGAGAGCUCUUGCACUUAUAAGCCACUUUCUUAAUGGAACUCCUCUACCUUCUGAAUCACUAGAAUAAACUACCCUUAAUUUACUUCCUAAUGAUCAGCAGGUCUCUAUAAUACUUCACAGAAAAGUGUCGACAAUGUACGUCAGAGGACCUUUUGAUAUAAAAUAAUCUUUCGACA